GUACGUGGUCUUACCUAACUGCUCGUUAUGGUCAGCCAUGUUUCCAGCUCCACACCACAGCGUCCCGGGAUACGUGAAGCCUCUUUUGGAUCUGGUCCUCGCCUCCGAGGGACCCCCGGCCCCCCUCCUCUCGGCCUCCAACUCCGCGCGCGCCCCGCCGCGCCCGUGCUCCGGCGGCCUCCCUCGGCUCGGGCUGGCGGCGGCGCGGACCGCCAGCUCUCUGUCCAGUGUGCGGUCACAUAGCCGCUCUUGGCGGGCACAGGAUCGGGCGCAGGCGCAGGCUCGGGCAGUCAACCUCUCCUCCAGGCACAGGAAUCCGAUUGGCGGAAGGCGGAGACAAAUGAUGUCAAAUCGGCAGAGGCAACAUUCGACUCGCCGUGGAGGUGAUUGGGGAGGGGGCAAGUAUCCUUUCAGCGCCAUGGACGUGUUGGAGACCCCAAAUGAGCGUCCCAAAGCCUGGUAUCUGGCUCUCAUGGCCCCCAACACCAAAGGAGCGGCGUUCGCCUGGCUGGACCCGUCCAGACUGUACUGCAACUCGCAGGCCCUGGCAGACUGCGUGGAAGACAUGCUGGGCCCCUUCCGCCACGACGCCAUCGACCUGGUGGCCGGCAUAGACGCCAUGGGAUUCAUUCUAGGGGCGUCUAUCGCCAGCACGCUGGGCAAAGGCUUCUUGGCGGUACGCAAAGCCGGACAUCUUUGCGUGAGCGCCCAGCAGCAGACGUACGGCGACUACACGGGCAGGGAGAAGACCAUGGAGGUACGAGACGAUGUGCUCAAACCAGGUGUGAGGGUGUUGUUAGUGGACCAGUGGAUCGAGACCGGAGGAACCAUGAUGGCCGCCAUCCAGCUGCUGGAAAGGAUGGGCGCCACCAUCGCGUCGCCGCCGUGGCCAUGGAGAACACAGAAAGAGGCAAGUGGAUUAAAGACAAUUACAAGUGCUCGCACUGCAUCCCUGAGGAGCUCCAAAGCCAAAUCGAUCAAAAACAUUUGGACUCCUUCAAAAGCUUCACCAAGUGAAAGGCCACAUUCAUAUAUAGAAUAUAUAUAGUCAAUCACUUGACUACAUGUUCCACAACAUUCCUUUCAAAGAAACCAUUUUAUUGAACGUCAUGUAAUAAUUGUAUUAAUACGAGGGAACAUUUCAAAACGUGUUCCGUUUUUAACACUCAUUGGCAACAAAAGAGCACAUUCGGUUCAACUCACUCAAUAAAGUUACUUGCGUCCCUUUUA